UCGGUCAGCAGGUAUGAGUCAACCGGCCCGUUCGAACCGGGGACACCGGGAGCGGAACGGACAGCAGCGUCCGCCGCUCAGCGACCACAGGCGGCCUUCCCCCGCCAGCUCGUCCUCUCGUCCUCACCGCUCCAGAGACGUGCGGGACGUCCCUCGGGUGGAGCACCACGACUCCACAUGCUCCAACAUCUGCUCCAGGAGAGGCAUCGUUCUGAUCUGCGCCGUCCUGACCAACGCCCUGGUCCUGAUCUGCGUGGUUGCCGCUCAGAUGGUCGUAUCGGGUCUGUCCGCCAUGGGCGGCAUGGGCAGCUUCGACAUCAACACCAACUUCAACAUGCAGGGCACCGAGCUGCAGGCGGCGCGGGACCUGGACAUGCAGUACAGCCAGAUGAGGGCGCCGGGCGUCUACGGCGGCGUCGCCUUCAGCCUCGUGUUCGGCGUCGUCUCGCUGCUGUUCGUCGUCGCCGGGAACAAACCCCCCCAUCUGAUGUCUCGGAAGCUGCUGGUGGGGCAGCUGGCGUUUCAGGCGGUGGGCGCCCCCGCCUACGUGGUAGCCGUCGGCCUCUACCUGCACUUUGUCAUCAAGGUCAACGCCACGGACGUGUGCAUGCAGCGCCGGCUUCUGUACUCGAGGAACGGCUACACCUGGAUGAACUGCGACGUGAGCGGCGCCGACGCCGCCGUGGCGCUGUUCGGUCUCAUCACCGCCAUCCUCUACACCGCCGGCGCCGUGCUCACCUUUCAGACCGUCCGGGGCGUGGAGCGCUACCUGCAGGAGAGGAAGAGGAGAGAGAAGCAGCAGACCCCGAGCGACCUUCAGAGAGCCCCGCUGAGGUCCGACACCUCCUCAGUUUGA